ACAUUGGACGGCGCCCAGAACUUGCUUUGCAAAUCUGGUGCGAAGUUGCUGAGCCGCCUGGUGGGGUAGGGGGCCGUGCUUCGCCCCGCCGCCUGUCAGUCGGCGCUGAAACGGGGCUUUUGGGGCGCUGGGGUGGGCCUUGCGGGUCACCAGACUGCGCUCGAGCUGGCUGCCACCCCUACCCGGGAGCCCUGGGAGAUGCUGGGGUUCUUACCCUGCAGUUUCCCCGGACAAGAGCUGGAAUUCGGGGGCAAGAAAGUGGGUACUGUGCGUCCCAUUUAACACUCGGGACCUGCCGAGAUCUUGCCAAGUGGGUGGUGGACAUUGUCUCGGGCACGAAGGGAAGGGCUUGUAAGGAGAGUGUUAGACUGGAACCAGAGCUUCUCUGCCGGGUUAGUGCUGCCCGGCUGUCAGAAACGGAGUCAUUUGUUCCUGUCACUUCGGGACCAGUUAAAGCUUCAGAUCCGUUGUUAAACCCGCGUGUUCCCUAUCCAGUCUAUCCUGUUAGUACUUCUGUGCGUGUACUUGAUGGUUCGGCUUUAGAGUGUGGUGAAGGGUACUUUUCAUGGUGCAUGGAAGGAAAGCCAAUGCGCAGGUGUACCAACAUUCGACCAGGAGAGACUGGAAUGGAUGUGACAAGCCGCUGCACCCUUGGAGACCCCAAUAAACUGCCAGAAGGGGUUCCCCAACCUGCUCGCAUGCCCUAUAUUUCAGACAAGCACCCUCGACAAACCUUGGAAGUGAUAAACCUUCUGAGAAAGCAUCGGGAGCUAUGUGAUGUGGUGCUAGUUGUGGGCGCUAAGAAGAUAUAUGCCCAUCGAGUCAUUUUGUCAGCCUGUAGUCCCUACUUCCGAGCUAUGUUUACAGGGGAAUUGGCAGAGAGCCGUCAGACAGAAGUAGUGAUCCGAGACAUAGAUGAGAGGGCUAUGGAACUACUGAUUGACUUUGCAUACACCUCCCAGAUAACUGUGGAGGAGGGCAAUGUUCAGACCCUUCUGCCAGCGGCCUGUCUCCUCCAGCUGGCAGAAAUCCAGGAAGCCUGCUGUGAAUUCUUAAAAAGACAGUUAGAUCCUUCUAAUUGCCUGGGCAUUCGGGCUUUUGCUGACACACAUUCAUGUCGUGAGUUGCUAAGGAUAGCAGACAAGUUCACUCAACAUAACUUUCAAGAGGUGAUGGAAAGUGAAGAGUUCAUGUUGCUUCCCGCCAAUCAGCUCAUUGAUAUAAUAUCUAGUGACGAACUAAACGUUCGCAGUGAAGAACAGGUGUUCAAUGCAGUGAUGGCCUGGGUCAAAUACAGUAUUCAAGAAAGACGUCCACAGUUACCCCAGGUGCUGCAGCAUGUCCGUCUGCCUUUGCUUAGCCCCAAGUUCCUGGUGGGCACUGUAGGCUCUGAUCCCCUCAUCAAAAGUGAUGAAGAAUGCAGAGACUUGGUAGAUGAAGCUAAAAACUAUCUCCUCUUGCCUCAAGAACGACCACUAAUGCAAGGACCAAGAACAAGACCACGGAAACCUAUCCGAUGUGGAGAAGUGCUCUUUGCAGUUGGUGGCUGGUGUAGUGGAGAUGCCAUUUCUAGUGUUGAACGAUAUGAUCCACAGACCAAUGAAUGGAGAAUGGUAGCUUCGAUGAGCAAACGGCGAUGUGGAGUUGGGGUCAGUGUUCUUGAUGACCUGCUAUAUGCAGUAGGAGGCCAUGAUGGAUCCUCUUAUCUCAACAGUGUUGAAAGGUAUGACCCCAAGACAAACCAGUGGAGCAGCGAUGUGGCUCCCACGAGCACGUGCAGGACGAGCGUAGGUGUGGCGGUGCUCGGAGGCUUUCUCUACGCCGUGGGGGGCCAGGACGGAGUGUCCUGCCUCAACAUUGUUGAGAGGUAUGAUCCAAAGGAAAACAAAUGGACUCGAGUGGCUUCUAUGAGCACCAGAAGACUAGGCGUGGCCGUGGCUGUGUUAGGAGGGUUCUUAUAUGCCGUAGGUGGCUCUGAUGGGACGUCUCCACUCAACACAGUGGAGCGCUACAAUCCUCAGGAAAACAGAUGGCACACCAUAGCUCCUAUGGGGACCCGGAGGAAACACCUAGGCUGUGCCGUGUAUCAGGACAUGAUCUAUGCCGUCGGGGGUAGAGACGAUACUACGGAGCUUAGCAGCGCUGAGAGAUACAACCCCAGAACUAACCAGUGGUCUCCGGUGGUGGCUAUGACAUCCCGCCGUAGUGGAGUCGGCCUGGCAGUGGUGAAUGGGCAGCUCAUGGCUGUGGGAGGCUUCGACGGCACGACGUACUUGAAGACCAUUGAAGUUUUUGAUCCUGAUGCCAAUACAUGGAGGUUAUAUGGCGGGAUGAAUUACCGUCGGCUGGGGGGUGGUGUAGGAGUUAUUAAAAUGACACAUUGUGAAUCCCAUAUAUGGUGAACAUCUAGAAGACAGUCGUAUAUGCUCCUCUGUGUUCUGAAGAGCUUUGACUUUGGAGCUUUGUACAGCUCGAGAAAACAUUAGAACAACUUUUAUUCUUUGCCGGUGCCUCAACAUUUGGAAAUACAAAUACAGUGAAAGUACUUCAACUGCAAGAUGCCACCUUUGCACAAAAAUUUUCAAUUCUGUGCAGAAUAUUUAUUCUUGGUUUUAAUUUAUCAUGGGUUUUUUGUUGUUGUUGAGUUUUGUUGUUGUUUCGUUCUGUUUUGCUUCAGAUUUAACCUUCCUCCCACUAAAAAAAGGAAAAAAAGGAUAGGAAAAACAGGUAAAAAAACUCCAAGCAGUAAAAGUUUAUUUUUAAGUUUGAAAAUACGAAUAAGGGGAGAAGGGCUGUACACGAUCUAGUUGUUAUUGCUAGGCACUCCAUCCACACAGCCCCACUAGGACCACCGGUGACAGAGACAGGCUGCGAAAUGUAUGAUUAGCCGUCAUUCUUGCACUAAGCACCAGAAGACUUGAAAACCUAGCAAAUAAGCAAACAAAAAGGAAACACUCAUUUUAAAUAGUACAACUCAAAAGGAAUAUUAACUAGAUUAAAACCAGGACUCAGACACUAAAGUUUUCAUCAGUGGAAGUUUGCAUCUUGUUUCCUUCCAUAUGAACUUGUUUUCCACUGUAUUUAGUCUUUUUUCAAAAUAGUAUUUUCAUAGAAGUUCUGCUAGCUCCAGAGCUCUGCUCAGUGCCUCUGUAAAAACACUAUACAGUUCUUAUAUGCUGUCUUGAGACUCCUCCGAUAGAAUCAUGUGCUACUCUGCAAGAGUUUUUGCUCAAAAAUAUUACUGACUGAAACAACUUUCCUCGUUUCCUUAUUGCUACUAAGGACCAGCAGGGAGAAAUGGCCUCCCCCAGCAGUGAAUACGGUUAUGCAACUUACACUUGACGCUCAGGCCUGCUGAAGCCGAGGCUGACCUAUAAUCACAGCCUCGAAGGGAAUGAAUUCUUCAGUUUGUGUAAUAGUACAUGCUAAUGAGUAAAAUCGAGGCAUUUUAUUAAUAAAACCUUGGUUCAUUUAUACAAACUAUAUAUCAUUAUCUUCAUUCUAUAAAGCCACUGUUACUACUUCUCUCGAAUUGCACUUUCUGGUGAAGUUAAAAUUUGUGAGGUAAAAAAGAUACAAAUUCCAGUGGUCAAAGUUUUAUCAUUGUGUUCCUAGAGCAGUUUUUUUCAAUGUAUUUUGCAGGAAAAUCGUUGAAUAAGACUUUCACCACAACCAAAAGGAAUAACCUUCUCUCUCCCCCCAAUACAAAAAGGUUUGGCAACUUUGUGUUUACAUUUAAAGAUCAUUUGCACCUUUACAAGGAAAAGAAAUAAGUAUUUGGUAAACAGUUGUUUACAUGUAUCAUUUAUGCUUUUUUCUAGCAUGUAUAACUUUUUUAAAUAAAGGUAGUAUUUACCAUAAAACAACUUUUGGUUAA